AUGACGGCUGCAUGGGUGGUUGAUGGCGAACGUGCUGCUGCUGCUGGCAACCAAAAGUUCAAUAUCGCCGUGUCGGGAGGCAUAAUUACCUGCAUUGGCCAGUGUCAUGCUGAGCUUGAAGCCGCUGCUCUCUGUGAAGGAUGCGUCAUUUCCAUUCCGGACGGCCAUCUUACCGCCGCGUUCACGGCCUUUGGCUCUGGGCUCGGCCUCAAUGAAAUCGAGUCGGAGGGCGUGACCGACAACGGCGCGGACGGCACCAUCUUUAGCCGAGGUGUCGAUGGAUUAGCCCUCAACACAACCAAGCUGCAGGUAGCCGGCCGGUAUGGAGUAACGCGCGCCAUUUCCGCGCCGAGAUUUAUCGGGCCUGGGACCCAUCAUGGGACUAGCGUUGAGUUUCUCACGGGGGCGGUGACCCAGCUCGACCAAGGCGCUGUGAUUCACCGGGAUGCCGCGGUUCACUAUACCCUGGACCUGUCCGCCAAGCGCGUGGGGAGCACGCCGUCCAUGUCGGCUGCCAUAUCCGUUCUAAGAGACAAACUACUGGACGCCGUAGAUGCGAUGGGUGAGCAGAGCUCGAACCGCUCGGAGCGAAAGUCGGAGGGUGCGUUUCUGCGCCGGGUCGUGAUUGGCGACUUGGCCCUCGCAAUCACCGCACAUAGCGCCGAUAUCAUUGCCUCUCUUCUGACGGUAAAGGCUGACGUGGAGGCGGCCAUCGCCCGGCUGGGGCGCGAUUCGAAGCUUCGCUUGACCAUUAUCGGCGGCGCCGAAGCGCACCUCGUAGCCGAUAAACUCGCAGCUGCGGGGGCCUUGACGGGCGCGCCGCUGACGGAACACACGGCGGUGGAUGUGCUGCUCCGUGCGGGCGUGACGACGGCCCUCGGUCUAGAAGAGGACUGGGUCGUGAGAGACCUCGGCGUUUUGGCCAGUGUCGCUUUCAAUAACGGCGAGGGCCGGCUCAACGAAACCGGUGCCUUCGACUUGGUGAGCCGAAACGUCUACGAGCUGUUGGGGUUGCCGGUGCCCGAUUGA